AUGGAGUGCAUGUUCCGCGUCCUGCAUGACCUGAAACGCUCCGCGCCUCCCCCGUCUCCUCCCGCUGCGGAGUCGGCUCCCCCCCCCACCCGCAGGCCGGUGAAACGUGACAUCCGCUCUUCCCACCGCACCUCCGACCUGUCCGAGGCGGACUCCGCCUGCUGCACGGAUCUACCCAACGACGUGUCGCCGGCGAGCUGCGCUCAGCGCGGCCUGGAAUGGGACUCUGGCUACUCGGAGGUUUCGGGGAGCUCCCUGCGAGGGGAGGAAGAGGAGGAGGACGUCGAAGAGGAAGAACAGAGGCCGGCUCCACCCGUGCUGCGCAGACACAACGUGCCGCCAUGUUCACGUUUGGCUUCGGGGGGAUUGCUGCGUAACAGACAAGGGAGAGUGCGCCCCAAAUCCACGUCAGACGUUUGCCUGGAACAAUGGGGGGGCAUCGGAAUGGCGGGGGGCAUCGGCUCCCAGGACUGGACGGGCUGCCUGCUGUCCCAGAGCCGCAGCCGCCAACCGUUGGUUCUCGGGGACAAUAGUUUCGCCGAUCUGGUCAAGCAGUGGAUGGACCUUCCGGAAAACGGCGAGGAGGAGGACCGGCGGACUCGGUGGCUGAAUAAGCCCCACGGCUUCCUCAUCAGCCUGUCUGGGAACGUCAAGAAACGCCUGGGCAACAUGUCGCGGACUCGCGGGCGGCCGGAGCAAGAGGCCGCCAAACGCCUCUCCUGCCCUCAGCUGGGCUGCCGCCCGCUCUCGCCCUUCUACCACCAAUCCCUCUCCAACAUCUCAGAGGCCUCGACGGGAAUGCUGCACUGCCGCAGCCGGCAGCCAAUCAUAUGCAGCGACGGUUCUGGCUUUUUUUGA